UGUGUCAUUUUUAUUUUAUUGGUAGUUGAGUUUGGCGCGCUUACCAUUUUUCUUCAUUAACAUUGUUAAGUAUCAAAGUGAAAUUAUUUAUACAAUGGCUGAUGUCAUGGAAAUAGACGAUAUGGAGCCAUCGACAUCUUAUAAUACAAGUACGCUUCAAAAAGAGAAGGAAUUCUCGGAUCUUCCAUGGAUAGAACGAUAUCGCCCUAAAGAGUUCUCAGAUAUUGUUGGAAAUGCCGAAAUGGUCAGCCGAUUAUCUGCGUUUGCUCAACAAGGAAAUGUUCCCAACAUAAUUAUCGCCGGCCCGCCAGGAGUGGGCAAAACAACCACAAUUCUAUGCCUUGCCAAAAUCCUUCUUGGACCUGCAUUUAAGUCUGCUGUUCUAGAAUUGAACGCAUCAAACGAUCGUGGCAUUGACAUUGUCCGCAACAAAGUAAAAAUGUUCGCCCAACAAAAAGUAACGCUUCCGCCAGGCAAGCAUAAAAUUGUUAUUCUUGAUGAAGUUGAUUCUAUGACUGAAGGCGCACAGCAAACGCUCCGACGUACCAUGGAACUCUACAGCAAUUCCACGCGUUUUGCCUUGGCGUGUAACUACUCUGAUAAGGUGAUUGAGCCUAUUCAGAGUCGUUGCGCGAUAUUACGCUACAUGCGCCUGACUGACGCACAAAUUCUGCAGCGCGUUUUGCAAAUUUGUGAGUUGGAGAAAGUAGAGUCUACUAAGGAUGGUCUAGAGGCAAUUGUUUUCACGGCUCAGGGAGACAUGAGGCAGGCAUUGAACAAUUUGCAAUCAACUCACAAUGGCUUUGGAUUAGUGAGCUCUGAAAAUGUAUUCAAAGUUUGUGAUGAGCCACAUCCAUUGUUAAUUAAGGAUAUGUUACUUAGCUGUGGAGCUGGUGAUUAUAGGAAAGCUUAUAAGGUUUUAAGCCACCUAUGGUCCUUGGGGUAUGCAGCAGAAGACAUUAUCAAGAACGUUUCAAAAGUUUGCAAGAAUUUGGACAUUGGUGAUGAUCAAAAGUUGGCUUUUAUUAGAGAGAUUGGGCAAACACAUCAAAGAAUAGUGGAUGGACUCACCACUUUGGUGCAAAUGUCUGGAAUGUUGGCUAGGCUUUGUCAAGUGCCGGAAAAUAAUGAAGCAUAAUUUCCUAAAUAUGUUAAUUUAUUAUGUUUAAAUGCAUUUUCGUAUAUUUACAAUUUAA